UUACGUCCUGCCCCCGCCUUUCGUCCCCUUCCUCCCACGCAACACACACCAAAGACGCAAUUUGAGAAAAUUCUACUGCAGAAUAGUCUUUUAAAGCCUCUGUGAUUUGUGACUUGUAGUUUAUGUGAAACUUUCGCAGUGUUAGCCAGACAGCCCUUCGCGGGCGGUCCUACAACUCCCAGAGGGCUCCGCGCGCGUACGCCGAGCGGACUGCAACUCCCAUGAGGCAGCGCGGCUGGAGUGGGCUGUCCGCGGCGGUGCCCGCAGGACCGGGGGGCGGGCGCGGGCUGCCCGGCGCGGCGCCCGAAGAACCCCGGCAGCUACCCAUGCCGAGGUGAAUCCGUUGGAGCCGCCGUCGCUGCAGUCGUCGCCGUCCGGUUCCCGCUGCCGCCCCGCGGGGCCUCGCCGCCGGCCAGGAUGCUGGAGGAAGCAGGCGAGGUGCUGGAGAACAUGCUGAAGGCGUCGUGCCUGCCACUCGGCUUCAUCGUCUUCCUGCCCGCCGUGCUGCUGCUGGUGGCGCCGCCGCUGCCCGCGGCCGACGCGGCGCACGAGUUCACGGUGUAUCGCAUGCAGCAGUACGACCUGCAGGGCCAGCCCUACGGCACGCGGAACGCCGUGCUGAACACAGAGGCGCGCACGAUGGACGCGGAUGUGCUGAGCCGCCGCUGCGUCCUCAUGCGGCUGCUGGACUUCUCCUACGAGCAGUACCAGAAGGCGCUGCGGCAGUCGGCAGGCGCCGUGGUCAUCAUCCUGCCGCGGGCCGUGGCGGCCGUGCCCCAGGACGUCGUCCGGCAAUUCAUGGAGAUCGAGCCUGAGAUGUUGGCCAUGGAGACCGUCGUCCCCGUGUACUUUGCCGUGGAAGACGAGGCCCUGCUCUCCAUCUAUGAGCAGACCCAGGCCGCCUCUGCCUCCCAGGGCUCCGCCUCUGCCGCUGAAGUGCUGCUGCACACGGCCACCGCCAACGGCUUCCAGAUGGUCACCAGUGGGGUGCAGAGCAAGGCCGUGAGCGACUGGCUGAUCACCAGCGUGGAGGGCCGGCUGACAGGGCUGGGCGGAGAGGACCUUCCCACCAUCGUCAUCGUCGCCCACUAUGACGCCUUCGGAGUGGCCCCAUGGCUGUCGCUGGGCGCGGACUCCAACGGGAGCGGGGUCUCUGUGCUGCUGGAGCUGGCGCGCCUCUUCUCCAGGCUCUACACCUACAAGCGCACCCACGCGGCGUACAACCUCCUGUUCUUUGCUUCUGGGGGGGGCAAGUUCAACUACCAGGGGACCAAGCGCUGGCUGGAAGACAACCUGGACCACACAGACUCCAGCCUGUUGCAGGACAAUGUGGCCUUCGUCCUGUGCCUGGACACGGUGGGCCGCGGGAACAGCCUGCACUUGCACGUGUCGAAGCCGCCGCGUGAGGGCACCCUGCAGCACGCCUUCCUGCGGGAGCUGGAGACAGUGGCGGCGCACCAGUUCCCCGAGGUGCGCUUCUCCAUGGUGCACAAGAAGAUCAACCUGGCGGAGGAUGUGCUGGCCUGGGAGCACGAGCGCUUCGCCAUCCGCCGGCUGCCUGCUUUCACCCUGUCCCACCUGCAGAGCCACCGCGAUGGCCAGCGCAGCAGCAUCAUGGACGUGCGGUCCCGGGUGGAUUCUAAAACCCUGACCCGCAACACGAGGAUCAUCGCGGAGGCCCUGACGCGUGUCAUCUACAACCUGACGGAGAAGGGGACCCCCCCGGACAUGCCGGUGUUCACGGAGCAGAUGCAGAUCCAGCAGGAGCAGCUGGACUCCGUCAUGGACUGGCUGACCAACCAGCCCCGGGCGGCCCAGCUGGUGGACAAGGACAGCACGUUCCUGAGCACACUGGAGCACUACCUGAGCCGCUACCUGAAGGACGUGCGGCAGCACCAUGUGAAGGCGGACAAGCGGGACCCAGAGUUCGUCUUCUACGACCAGCUGAAGCAGGUGAUGAAUGCGUACAGGGUCAAGCCGGCCAUCUUUGACCUGCUCCUGGCCGUGUGCAUUGGCGCCUACCUCGGGAUGGCCUACACGGCCGUGCAGCACUUCAGCCUCCUCUACAAGACGGUUCAGAGGCUGCUCGUGAAGGCCAAGACACAGUGACGCCCCCGCAGCCCCCGCCUGUCUGCCUGUGCCCUCCUUGCCGCUCCCUGCCCGCCGGCCACGCACGAGUGAGCGGACGCUCCCCGCUGCCUCCGCCGCCCCGGCGGGACAGGGGCCCACGUCCCCCUCACCGGCGAAACACAAUUACAGGGGUCCUCCGUGUUGCUCUGUAGGACUGGGGGUUCUUUCUUUUUGUCUUGUCUUUGAACUUCCUUGGAGGAGAACUUGCUCACAGUCCCGGGGCCAGGCCAUGGACUUGGGGACGAGCCGCGGACGAGCCCCCAGCCCCGGAGCCGGGCUUCGCUCCGUGUGAGCAAACGUGCACCACUGCAGGGGACACGCCGGACACGGCCCGCCCACCCACAGCCUCUGCCGUCCCUCCUGCCACGGCAACGACAUGGGGAUGGCCCCGGACCUGCCCUCCCUGGCUGUGCACGCGCGCCGGUGACCUGGUGGCUUGGAUGCAGCUGUUUGUCUCUCGGCCCUCUGGUCUGAGGGGCGGCACCAGCCUCUGAGGUCCCGGGUUCCGGCCGCACUCCCCGCACCCCCGGCCCCCGCUUCUCCAACCCCGGCCUCGGGGUCUGACCACAGACCAGUGUGGUGGUGACUGUUGUGGAGCCUGUCCCUGCCUGCCGGCCGCGUGCCUGUCCUGUGACGUGCCGGUGGCUGCACCCAGGCUGUGUCCUCUGCACCCCGUGUGGGGCUCCCAGCUGCCUGCCCCGGCCGGGCCCAAACCGUGAGCUAGUUCCCCGCGUGUCCCGGGCCCUCCACGCUUCCCCAUGACCGGCCGGCCUGCCCUGGGGCUCGGGGCACUGGCAGUGCGGGGGACUCAGGUGGGCCCCGGGGACAGAGGAGGCUCCUGCCCCUCCCCGCACUGGCUCCCUGCCCUGGGCCUGGGCCUCCUGUCCCUGGAGAGGACGUGUUCUAGGGCAGCUAGUGCCUCCGUGUGACCCCUUGGCCCCCUGGGAGCCGUUGACUGAGCCCUUAACCCUACAAACCAGGCACCACGGAGGGCGUGAGCCCCUCCAGGGGUCGGGGGAAGGAGGCCGGAACUGACCUCAGGGAGACCAAGGUGUGUCUGUUCAUUAGCAAUAUAAUCUGUGAUGUGUUUGCCAAGGGGGGCUCUGGGGGCUGCAGAAGAGCGGAGGGGGUCCCGCCUGGCUGCCUGCUGAGGUCUCAGCCGCCCGGAGGUGUUUGAUCCCAGGGGGCCACGGAAGUCUGCCGGGUGGGGCCUGGGGCCUGGGGCUCUGGCUUCGGCCAUCAGUUCCUUGGCCCAGCACCCUAAGGGACCUGUGGCUUGAAGGGGCGAGAGGACGGCCCUCCACCCCGUCCACCAUGCCAGGUGCCUGCCUCCCCCAGAAACUGCUCACUGGGCCCCGUCAGCCCCGCUCACCGCUGGCACUUGUGCUCUGCGCCAGACGCUGAUUCAGGCUGCCGCCUCCAUGUCACUGGGGAAGGACGGGAUGCACUCGAGUGCCACAAGGGGGGCCUCUGUCUGGGUGUCACUGAGCUGCCCGGGCAGGUGAUCGGGCCAUCCGAGCUCAGGCUGUUGUGGGAUGGCAGCCGGCCAGUGAGAAAAUAAAGCCAUAUUGAAUGAUCGUCA